AUGGAGGAAUCAAAUCGCCUCUUCCGCUUCCCAAAGCCCGCGUGGUUGAACAGCGCCAACACGCGAACAGCCGGCGUUUACAUCGCAGGCGCUCUGUUCGCCAUGGGUUUCUACACCCUAAUCGACAUAUCCACAUGGUCCAAAUCCGCCAUGAACGGCUCGGACCCGCCCGUCCACAUCACCUUCAUCGACUGGAUCCCCGGCAUCUGCAGCGCCUUGGGUAUGCUCGUCAUCAACAGCAUCGACAAGUCGCGUCUGUCAGCCGACAGCUUCUCCUACUCUGGAAACGGAGUUGCGUGGAAGGCGAGGCUGGUCUUGUUCUUGGGGUUUGCGCUGUUGGCUGGGGGUUUGGCCGGUAGUGUCGUGGUUAUGGUUAUGAAGUUUGUUGUUGUGGGACAUACGUGGCCGACGCUAUGGUUGGGUGUGGGCAACGUAGUUGCUAAUGCGCUUAUCAUGCUGAGUUCCGCUGUGCUUUGGGUUGCGCAGAAUAUGGAGGAUGAGUAUACUUACAACCUGGCGUUGUAG